UUUGUUCCCAGUUCUGAAGACUGAAAGUCUCUGUCAUCGCCCGUGACAUCACUAGCCUGCGUCCCAGUGUUUGGUUCCAUGUUGAAGAUCAUUACAGAGAAACGGAAGUAGCAGACAGCAGUGUACUAGCCGGUAGCCACGUACCAAAAUGACAUCCCGGAAGAAGGUUCUCCUGAAGGUUAUCAUCCUGGGGGAUAGCGGUGUUGGCAAGACGUCGCUCAUGAAUCAAUAUGUGAACAAAAAGUUCAGUAACCAGUACAAGGCUACAAUUGGGGCUGACUUUCUGACAAAGGAGGUGAUGGUGGACGAUAGGCUGGUCACAAUGCAGAUAUGGGACACAGCUGGUCAAGAGAGAUUCCAGAGCUUAGGGGUGGCAUUUUACCGCGGCGCUGACUGCUGUGUGCUCGUCUUUGAUGUCACCAUGCCAAACACGUUCAAGAAUCUGGACGGCUGGCGAGAUGAGUUCCUCAUACAAGCAAGUCCUCGCGACCCAGAACACUUCCCCUUCGUAGUCAUUGGCAACAAGAUAGACUUGGAAAACAGAGCGGUGUCGGCAAAACGGGCCCAGAGCUGGUGCAGCAGCAAGAACGACAUACCAUAUUUUGAGACAAGUGCGAAGGAGGCUAUCAACGUGGAACAGGCAUUCCAGACAGUGGCCAAGAACGCACUGAUGCAGGAGUCCGAGGUGGAGCUGUACAACGAGUUCCCCGACCAGAUCGUGUUAACAAAAGAACAGAACAAACCAAGGGAAGGAUGUGGAUGUUAAUAACAACUGGCAAUCUAGUGACUUGAUCCGAUACUCGGUGGCUCGGUCAGCCGGCCAGCUACAGGAUAGUGAUGUUGGUUGCCGAGGUACCAUACAGCCCAAUACAAUGGGAUGACUGACCAAUUGUCAAAGUUCUCUCUCUCUUGUCCAGGUUUCAGAAAUACUUUGGUAGGAAUCGUCAAAGAAUUUUAUCAUUUAGGAAAUAUAUAUAUAUAUAUAUUAUUUAAUCCCCCAUUUCUACGUGAGUAUUUCCGAGCAGCAAGAGAAAGGCAACUUUGACAAUACUGCGCACUAUUGUGUCCUGUGUAAAACAGCUUCACACGUUUCUGUGAGGUGGUUUUGGCCUUUGUGCAUACGAGUAAAUGUGUAUGGAUAUGCUUAUGAUACCUCCGAAUGUGACAUGACUGUCAUCUUGCACGUUUCAGUGAUUUUAAUAAUGACACUCUGUUGACUAAGACGGAACUGUACAAAUCAUCCAUUGAUAAUAUUGCUUAUCUGCAUGUUUUACAUCAAGGUCAAGGCUGCCACUGACCAAUCCUGUUGUGGAUUGGCUCGGGGCAAGGCAAUGAGAAAAUAUAGAAAUAUUUUCCAUGUUGUACAUGCAAUGUGAUUAUAUAGGUAGGAUUACUGAACUUAGAGAAAUUUUAUGUAUCAUAUGUAUUUAUUUUGCUGCUUCAUUUGUAAGACAUGCCGCAUGACCAGUUGUACAUUUUCCUUCAAUAUCUGUGAGCUUUGGUUAGAGUUAUCCCCCUUCCUUCAGCUGGACGAAUAUCUGCUGGAUGCAUCUCAAAACACAAUAUAUCAUGGUCAGCCAGUUGACUAAUCAGUCUCUUUACAGAACUCCCCAACUUUACUUUCUCUUUUGUUGAUAGUUUACUACAUUCAAAAUAAAGGAAACCUUUCUACAUC